CUGGCCAAACGGGUUUGCAAACGGUCUGAGUCCAUUCUCUUGAAGCGGUUUCUUCUGUCAGUAUAAAACAGACGCUUUACUGAAGAACACAGAGAAGCAGCAGCUCUGGACCAAGUGGAUAUUUCACCAAUAAACACCUGAAACUAAAGGCUACUUGAGAUGGACGGGUCAGUCGGGCCGAUGCGUGUGUUGGUGACGGGCGGCAGUGGGCUGGUGGGGCGAGCGAUUGAACGGGUGGUGAAAGAGGAGGGCGGAGGGAGAGAAGGAGAAACAUGGAUAUUCCUGUCAUCCAAAGAGACCAAUCUUGUGAGCGCUGAAGAGACGAGAGCAGCCUUCGAGAGACAUCGUCCGACGCAUGUCAUUCAUUUGGCCGCGAUGGUUGGAGGACUCUACAGAAACAUGAGACAGAACCUGGACUUCUGGAGGAAUAAUGUGCACAUCAAUGAUAACGUGCUGCACACGUCUCAGGAGUUCGGCGUGGUGAAGGUCGUUUCCUGUCUGUCUACGUGUGUUUUUCCAGAUAAAACCACCUACCCUAUAGAUGAGACUGUGAUGCACAGCGGUCCCCCGCAUGAGUCUAAUUACGGUUAUGCCUACGCCAAACGCAUGAUUGACGUCCACAACAGGGCGUUAUUUCAGCAGUACGGUUUGAAAUACACAGCCGUGAUCCCCACCAACAUGUUCGGACCCCAUGAUAACUACAACAUUGAGGACGGUCACGUGAUGCCGGGACUGAUCCACAAGACGUACCUGGCCAAGAAGGAAGGUAAACCUCUGCAGGUCUGGGGUUCGGGUCGUGCUCUGCGUCAGUUCAUCUAUUCUCUGGAUCUGGCUCGUCUGUUUCUGUGGGUUCUGAGGGAGUACGACGAGGUGGAGCCCAUCAUUCUCUCAGUCGGGGAGGAGGAUGAGUUGACUGUAAAGGAGGCUGUGGAUGCUGUGGUUGAAGGAUUCGGGUUCGAAGGGGACGUUAUUUAUGACACUAGUAAAUCAGACGGUCAGAUCAAGAAAACCGCCAAUAACGCCAAACUACGCAAAUACCUGCCAGACUUCAAGUUCACGCCGUUCAAACAAGCCGUCAAGGAGACGUGUGAUUGGUUUGCGGCCAAUUAUGACUCCGCCCGUAAAUAAAGAUCUUAAAUCUGAUUGGCUGUGAAGAGUUUGAACACCGUUCUAUGCUGGAAAACCAAACCAAGUCUGAUCAGACACUUCCUUAAAUAUAAGGAAGACAAAAUCGUUGGACACCACCACUGAAGAUCAACUUUAAUGUCUUUCUCAAUGCGCAGUCUCUGAUUGGCCACUGUGUUCACGAAAUCAACAGAUAUAUCUAUGACUGGUUGCAUUUUUUAACACUACGAAAGCAUUGACGGGGUUGUUUAUACGUGUAUGAUAUAGGAAACUGUGACAAAAACAACAUUUUCGAGACUCUUCGGUACACCUCAGUUUUAAGGAGUGGAGUUGAAAGCUAAAUUUGCACAUGGUUUGGCUUUGAGAAUAUUAAAAGCAAUAAACAGACGUGUAAAUGGUUAAAAAUGAGACUUUAAGCAUUUGAUCUGUGCUUUGUACUGUGUGAUGUACAUUUUCUUCAGUUUGUACUGGUGUGUCAAUCAGGCUAUUCUCUGGGUUUGUUUUCUAAUGGCAUGUAGCUACUGUAUGUUUUUACAAUACACUCGUAUUUAAAACAA